UGGGGGAACAGGAAGUUCCGGACAGAAGCGCACCAUUAUUCAGUGUAAAGAAAGCGCCAGAACGGUGCAGUCAAGAAGAUAACAUUAUUGUCCUUUUCUAUUUAUUACUACAGAUUUAGUCUGAGGCCGGUAACAUCAACAUUGAGGACAAACCCAGCCUGCCUCUCUCCUUCCACACUGAGUCCAAACCUACAGUCACUGGGUCCUGAUUGUGACAGAGGAGCCCAGUUUGCACUGCAGGAUCCAUAGAUGGCAUCAGUGAAGCUGGAAGACUGCAGUCCAACAAUGGAGCUGAAUAUUGACAUUAAAGAUGAAGAAGAGGAGAAGAUUGGGGGAUCUGUUAGUCAUGGUAUGAGGCCGGUAACAUCAACAGUGAAGACCAACCCAGCCUGCCUCUCUCCUCCCACACUGUGUCCAAACCUACAGUCACUGGGUCCUGAUAAUGACAGUGGAGGCCAGUUUGCUCUGCAGGAUCCAGAGAUGGCAUCAGUGAAGCUGGAAGACUGCAGUCAAACACUGGAGCUAAAUGUCAACAUUAAAGAUGAAGAGGAGGAGGAAAAGAUUGGGAAAUCUGUUUCUCAUGGACGACUAGAAUUAAGUCUGAAGCCGGUAACAUCCACAGUGAGGACAAACCCAGCCUGCCUCUCUCCUUCCACACUGAGUCCAAACCUACAGUCACUGGGUCCUGAUUGUGACAGUGGAGCCCAGUUUGCACUGCAGGAUCCAGAGAUGGCAUCAGUGAAGCUCGAAUGCGGUCAAACACUGGAGCUGAAUGUCAACAUUAAAGAUGAAGAAGAGGAGGAGGAGAUUGGGAAAUCUCUUUCUCAUGGUAAGAGCAGGUUAUAUCUAACAAAGUGUGUUGUUCAUUCCAACUUCUCACUAUGCAGGAAAAGUUGCAGUAGAACUGUUUCAUGAUGAACUGUUUCAAUGAGAAGGUAAUUUUAUUUUAUGCUACUCAGACUUGCAUGGUUUGACAUCAGUAUUGCCAUCAUUUGUUUUAUUCACUGGUCUGUCUGGAGUGUUCAUAGAGUAGACUAAAGAAGUGAAGUAGACAAACUGCCAGUGUUUAAGUUCUAUGAAAUUAGUUUGUGUAGUUACUAACCAUUGUGAUAGUGAGUGGAGGACUCUUACCCACUUUUAGAAUAGUUUUAUUCGCCUGUAUUGUACAGCCUACUGAUAUGAAUACAUAUGU